CUGUACCUGCCGAGUGGGGGAAAAAGGGGGAGUCAUCCGACCUAGUUUCCUCCUUUCUCUUUCCUUCCUCCCCCACCCUCCUCCGCCCCCUAUCACCCGGGGCAACCUCGGCUCUGCCCCUUUAAACAGAGGUUUCCUGUCCAGCCAGCUGCGAGAUGCCUAGAUGGACAGGGCGAGAGGGGGAGCUCUGUCUCUCUGUCCCUCCCUCUCUACCCUCCCUCCCUUCCUCCCGGCUCUCUGUCUCCCUCCCUCUUUCUCCUCGGAAGCUGAAGAGCCGGUGAGGCGGUGGAAGCAGCAGCUUCAGCAGCAGCAGCAGCAACAGCAACAGCAGCAGCCACAGCCACCGAAGCAGUAGCUGCAGUCGCAAGCAGCUCUCUCCUUCCUUCUUUCCCUCCUUUCCUCCCUCCCUCCCGUGUUGUGUGACGUGGGGUGGCAGAGAGAGAGAGAUCGGGAGAGAGACGGUUCUUGGACUUAGACCGAGAAAGGAGCGAACCCUGAGAUCAGGACUCUGGGCUCGGAACUCCAAGACGCCGGGAGCCGAGGGCAGGAAGGGAGGGAGGGAGGGAGGGAGCUAGCGAGAGGCGAUCACAGCAGCUCAGCUGAGGCAGAGCCCCCGGGCAGAGACAUUAAAGGGGGAUCCAGGCUCCGGACAGACCUCAGGAGCGGCCAGGAGCCAGCAGAGCGCGGGCUCCUGAGCUCUGGGGACCCAAAGGCAGAGAUCCCAGCCCGGGAAGCAGGCAGACAGCCGGUAGCCGUCGACAGACGUCAGUCUCCCGCCGGGGAGCUUUGGACCCUGGGACCAGUGACGCCGGCAGCCUGGAGAGCAGGGAGCUGGCGAGCGAGCGUCCCUUGAUCUAGAUCUAAUCGGAGGAGCAGCACCCUUCACCCCACUUCCCCAACUCAACCCUCUCCAUACCCCUCCCCGCUUCUGGACGUGGUGGGGGGCAUGUGAGCUGGAAGCCGCGGCAACUGGAGAGAUCAUUCCGAGGGAGAAGCCCUGCCCCAGCGAAGGACGGAGCUGGAGCCGGAGCCGGGAGAGUAGAUGUCCAUGAGGAGCCCCAUCUCUCCCCAGCUGGCACUCGAUGGCAUUGGGACCAUGGUGAACUGCACUGUUAAGGCAGAAGAAAAGAAGGAUAUAUGCCAGGAGGCUCCAUCUGGCCAGCAGGUGCCAGCCCCUGCUGCAGAGCCCUUGACUGGAGACCCAGCCCGCCCCGCUCAGGAUGGAGCUGACUCAAGUGGCCCACCCCAGGAUUGCGGGUCCCCAAGAAGCGAUGGACCCCCAGAACCUAGGAGAUCUGGGCCUGAGCCAGCCACUGGGAGCCAAGAAAAGCUGGAUUUUAAUCGGAACUUGAAAGAAGUUAUGCCAACCAUUGAGAAGCUUCUGUCCAGUGACUGGAGAGAGAGGCUUCUGGGAAGAAGCACUGUGGAAACCAAAGAUGUCAAAGGGACCCAAGAAAGCCUGGCGGAAAAGGAACUUCAGCUCUUGGUCAUGAUUCAUCAGCUGUCCACUCUUCGGGACCAGCUCCUGACAGCUCACUCAGAGCAGAAGAACAUGGCCGCCAUGUUGUUUGAGAAGCAGCAGCAACAGAUGGAGCUAGCCAGGCAGCAGCAAGAGCAGAUAGCAAAACAGCAACAGCAACUCAUUCAGCAGCAGCACAAGAUCAACCUCCUCCAGCAGCAGAUCCAGCAGGUCAACAUGCCUUAUGUCAUGAUCCCUGCGUUCCCUCCCAGCCACCAGCCCAUGCCUGUCACCCCUGACUCCCAGCUGGCAUUACCUAUUCAGCCCAUCCCUUGUAAACCAGUGGAGUACCCGCUGCAGCUGCUGCACAGCCCCCCUACCCCUGCUGUGAAGAGGCCUGGGGCCGUCUCUACCCAUCACCCUCUCCAGGAGUCUUCACAACCUCUGAAUUUGACAGCCAAGCCCAAAGGUCCGGAGCUGCCCAACACUUCCAGCUCCCCCAACCUGAAGAUAAGCACCUGUGGUCCCCUCCCCGCCAACCACGGGGCUCCCACUCGGGAUCUCCAGGCCAGCCCACCUAGCCUACCCCUAGGCUUUCUGGGUGAGGGUGAUGCUAUCACCAAAGCUAUCCAGGAUGCCCGGCAGCUGCUGCAUGGCCACAGUGGGCCCAUGGAAAGCUCUCCUAAUGCAUCUUUCAGGAAGGACCUCAUCAACCUGGAAUCAUCCCCAGCCAAGGAUCGGCUGGAGGAGAGCUGUGGGCACCAGCUGGAUGAGACCAUACUGAGCUGUGACAUGGAUGGUUCCCGACACUUUCCUGAGUCCCGGAACAACAAUCACAUUAAGAGGCCCAUGAAUGCCUUCAUGGUGUGGGCCAAGGAUGAACGACGAAAGAUCCUGCAAGCCUGUCCUGACAUGCAUAAUUCCAGUAUCAGCAAAAUUCUUGGCUCCCGUUGGAAGUCCAUGACCAACCAGGAGAAGCAGCCAUACUAUGAGGAACAGGCACGACUGAGUCGCCAGCACCUGGAGAAGUAUCCUGAUUAUAAAUAUAAGCCUCGACCCAAGCGCACAUGCAUUGUGGAGGGCAAGCGACUUCGAGUCGGGGAGUACAAAGCUCUGAUGAGGAACCGGCGCCAGGACGCGAGGCAGAACUACGUGAUCCCCCCACCAGGCAAUCAGAUGCAGAUGAGCUCCCCGGAUGUCCUGUAUCCCCGGGCCCCCGGAAUGCCACUGGCACAGCCCCUUCUGGAGCACUAUGUGCCCCGAAGCCUGGACCCCAGCAUGCCUAUUAUCGUCAACACCCGAAGCCUUAAGGAGGAAAACGAGGGAGCUGAGGAUGGGCACUCGGUGGCUGACGGGGAGAUGUUCCGGUACAGUGAGGAAGAAGACUCCGAAGUCGAGGAAAAAAGCGAUGGAGAGUUGGUGGUGCUUACAGACUGAGCUGGGCUUGGGGGGUCCUGCCCUCCUGCUCCCCCCACGCAUAUCUUUUAAAGGGAGAGGAGAAGGCUAACAAGGGCUUGUCCCCGACCCUCUCGGGCACUCCAGCUGAGCUGGACUGUGUAGGUACCUGGACAGGGAUGUGUCCGGGAGAUGGGCACAGUGUGCAUAUGUACAUACAUCUAUGCAGGGGAAAUAGGAGCAGGAAAGGUUGAAUCCUACGCCAGGAUGGUUCACCUGGAAGGAGACAUCCUCUCUUGGGGGGGCUUCAGAGCCAGCAGGGUUGGUGUGGACUUUAGGAAAAGAGGGGGUGCCUAAGUUCCUGGAAAAGGAGAGCUUCAUGGUCUGGCCCAGCUUCCUGUCAUCAACCAAGCGAGACCCUCAGGAGUCCCCUGAUAGUCACACCUCGGAGGUUACUGUCUGACCCUCUCCUCCCCCCCACUUUGGGGUCCUGGUUGCUGCAGCCCUCCCCCACACCCUCUUUUCUCAUCUCCCUUGAUCUGUUGGGAAGGUGGUAUCUAUUUUCUGUGCUCAUUUUCUCCAUCUGCUCCCCAUCCUCCACUCCGCUCAUAACCCCAUGUCUGGGGUAGCAGCCCUCCUCAUUCAUUCUGCAUCGGCUUCCUGCUGGGCUUGCCCCACUCCCACGGGGCUUUUUCCAGGAUCUCUGUCUGCUUGGUGUAAGUGAGCCCAAGGCUGUGUGAGAGUCUCUUGUCUAUCUGCCGUUCCCCUUGACCCCCUCACUCUCUCAUUUCUUCCCACUGGGCUGUCUCUGUCUCGGGUGUCCAGCGUGUGUAUCUGUGUGUUUGUGUUAGCGUAGGGUGUGUGUGUGUGUGUGUGUGU